AAGUAAUUAAAAUUUUAAGAAAUAUUCAAAAAGAUCAAGCCUCUCAAAUUGAAGAAAUUAAAAAUAAAUUUCCUAUAAAUAGAAAAAAUCCUAACUAUGAAUAUGAAUGGUUAACAAAAACUCUUAAUGAAAUUAAUACUGGUAUUAAUAUGCAGUUAAAAAAUUUUAAUGAUUUAAAAACUAAAUUUAGAGAUAAAUGUGUUGAAGAGAUUGAAGAGAUUGAAGAUUUAAAAAAUAAUCUUUCAAUUCUUAAAAAAAAAGAUUUAAUUGAACCUUAUAAUUUUUAUACUGAAACUGAAGAUUUUGAUAAUGAUACUGAUAUCACAACUGAAUCAACUAUUUCUAAAAGAUUUUUAGAUUAUAAUACUGAUGAUGGCUUUGUUAUUCCUGAUAAUGAAAAAAAUUAUUUUUGUAUUGAACAUAAACAAUAUUAUUAUUCAGAAUUUCAUACAUAUAAUACAAAUAUAAUUGCUUGUAAUCCUGGUGAUUUUGAAAUAGAUAUAAUUGCUACUCUAAAUGAACAAAUAUUUUUAAUUCAAUAUAAAAAUAUUGUAAAAUUUCUUAGUCUUCAAGAUUUACAGAAAAUCGAAUCAGCUUUUAAAAGAUGCAGUAAAAAAAUAGAAAUUAUUAUUUAUAAUAGUGAAAAAUUACAAAAACUAUUAACUAAACAAGCUAAAAUUUGGUAG